UUUAGAUGGCACUGCACUGGUGAAUUUGAGCAAACUCUUUCUUAUAAAAAUGAUAAACUUGUGGAAUCAUCAAGUGGUAUUAAAAGUAACCAAAUCAAUUCUGAUUUUCUUUCUUCAGCUAUAAAAGAGACAUAUACAUUACAUGGUGUAUAUAAGUCUCGUACAUUACAAAAAUCUCAUUUAUCAAAUAAUGUUAAGAAAAGACCAAUAUCUCUUCUGCUCGAGGUUAAAUCUGGAGUUAAGAUCAGGAAAUCAAAGGUAUUUCAGGAAGAUGAGAUGUUACAUACGUCAGCAGAAAACAUAAAGGAUAUAAAAGUUACCACUAGUUCCAGUGGAAUAUCAUCUACAGUCAAGCCAACUUCACAUUAUUCAGAAAAUAUUCAGGUUUCUGAUACAAAAGAUAGUAAACUUGAAGGAACACAUAGAGAAGUACAGUUGUCAGAAAAUUCUAAUGAUGCUAGUCAUACUGUUAAUCAGGAAAGUGAAUUAAAGUCUAAAGAAAUAAAGAGUGAAGAAAAUAAAGAAUGGGGUGAUAAAUCUAAAUUAUCUAGUGAUGAUAAAGUAACAAAUCAUCCUGAAGAGCAUGGAGAUGAUAAAAUGAUCAACAAAGUCAAUGAUGAUAUAUUAGAGAAGAAUGAAAAUAUUUCUAAAGAGAAUGAAGUUGUUGAAACUCCUCAACAUGCUCAUUCAGAAGUAAUGCCUUCAUUUGAUGAAUGGAAGAAAAUGAUGUUAGCAGAACAAGAGAAAGAUGGUAAUAAAAUUCAACCAUUAGCUUCAGUUAGUGGAAAGAAGAUUAUUAGUCACAAAAGAAGACACAAUUAUGCAUCGUAUGAAUGUGGUGCAAAAAUUGUUGCCGUUAAUACCGAAGCUGAAGGCACUAAUCAUAUAUUGAAUGAAAUGGUAGAUGAAUAUAUGCUGAAUCCUUGCAAAGUAAAAAUCUGGUUUGUUAUAGAAUUGUGUGAAUCAAUCCAAGUUUCACAGAUUGAAUUAGCAAACUUUGAACUGUUUUCAUCAUCUCCUAAAGAAUUUUCUGUAUCUUGGAGUGAUCGAUUUCCAACACGUGAAUGGACUUCUUUAGGCACUAUCACUGUUGAAGAUCAACGAACUCUGCAAGGUUUUAAUUUACAGCAUCAAGGAUAUGGAAAGUUUAUUAAGUUUGAAUUAUUAAGUCAUUAUGGAACAGAGCACUAUUGUCCAAUUAGUGUGAUCAGGGUAUUUGGCACAUCAAUGGUUGAUGAAUAUGAAGAAAUGGAAACAGCAGAAAUAAGUCAUCAUAUAAGUGAAGAUGAUGAUGAUAGAUUAGAUCUUCCGUUGACGGAAGAGUCAAGUUCUUCUCAAGAUUUAUUUGGUAGUGCUAGAGAUGCAGUUAUUAAUAUUAUGAAGAAAGCUGCUGAAGUACUUACUAGAGAUCAGGAACAAGAAAAUGACAGUCAAAGAUUGGGACAGUUACUUGAUACACAUUCAUCUCUCCAAUUAGAUUGUGAAAGGUUUUUGAACUGUACGACCAAUUUGACAGUUACAGAUACAAUUUCAAUGCCUUCUCCUACAUCAUUUAUUCCAUAUUUGGAAUAUUGUGAAUCUUGUUCUUUUCGUGUGGAUAACUAUCAGUCACAUGUUGAUUCAACUUCUUUAUGUCAGUUUAUUUUCGUUCUUUUUGGACCAGUAGUUUUUGAAAACUUCUGCAAACAACAACAACAAACAUUAUCGUCAGUUGGCGUAUCACAGUUGGAAAGUAGUGUAACAUCUACAACUACAGUAACAGAAAAAGAUAUUUUGGAAUCCAAAGCAAAAAUGUCAUCUACAGACAAAUUUGAAAGUAAAGAUUAUUCACAUUCCACCAAUUCUGAAAUGGAUAGCAUGGAUCUCUGUACACAAACAGAAAAAUUAUCAACAGAUUAUGAAAAAUUACAUGUCCCAGAAACUAUGGAUGAUCUUCAAAAAUCUAUACAACCAACAAAAACUAUUCAGACAUCUAGUAAACCACAUAAAGAAUUGCAUACUGAAGAAGCAAAAGUUCAUGACAAAUCAAUUUCUGAAAAGUCAAUGAAAGAAGAAAGCAAAAGCAAAAAGCCUCCUCCUAAAACUAUUGAUGAACAAACACAUACAGUAAUUAGUACUUCCGAAUUACCAGUAGCUAGUGAAGUAAUCACUGAAAGUAUACAGCCAUCUGUUUCAGAAGGAAGCAAAUCUGAAACUGUAGAUACAGUUAUUACCAGUGUACAGAAUGAUACCGACACAUCAACAUAUCAAGCAGAAACAAAAGAUUCUUUAGAAUUAGCUACUCCAGUUUUACAACAAAUAUAUGAUGGCUCAUCUACAUCUCAAGAUAUACAGUUCAGUAAAGAUGAAAUUGAAAAAUAUGAAAAUGGAGGGUUAAAAACAGAACCUAUUUUUGUCGGUAUUCCAAGCCCACCCGGCCAAAAAGAAUCCGUAUUUAUGAGAAUGGGAAAUCGCAUCAAAGCUUUAGAAUUGAACAUGUCAUUAAGUAGCCAGUAUUUACAAGAACUGAGUCAACGGUAUCGACGGCAGAUGGAAGAUAUGCAGAAAGCAUUCAAUCGUACUAUUGGUACACUUAAUGAUACAGCACGCAAAGCUGCAAUUAGAGAUCUGCAUCAACAAGAAGUAAUUGGUCAACUUCAAGCCGAAAUAACUAAUCUUACUAGUGCUGUCGAUCUGUUGUUAAGAGAGCGACAAUCUGCACAUAGACAGAUGCUGGAAAUGCACAUUUGUUUAAUGAUUAUCGAAGCAAUUAUCAUGGUUACAGUUUUAUCUCUCUGCGUGCGAAGACUUACUCAGUCCAUAAAUCAGAUUCCGCCUGAUUUACAUCCAUCAGAAUAUGUUUCACGCAAACUAAGUUCUUCGCCUCAUCGAGGAAGAAAACGUAGUGCAAAUGAUACUCAGUCAUCUGAGAUUCACACAAAUUACCUGAUAGUGGAACCGUCGGUCCCGAUAGUCAUAGAGCCGCCACCGAAAGUGAAGAAAAAGCAUCACAGAAACAAGAAGAAGAACCAGCAGGGGAAGUGUAGUCAAAAAACUGAUUCCUGUAAUUUUAACUACUUCUCUAGUCUUAAUAACUGUGAUAUUAGCAAUGCUACAAAUUUAGAUCAGAAGGGUACGGCGGAAAGAACUAAGGAUAGUGUGAACUGUGAGAACACUUUUGAUAUUAAACAGAAUAUUCAAAAAUGUAGAGAGAAAGAGAGACCGAAAGCCGUGCCACUUCAAAACUUGACUAACGGUCCAAGAUAUAACGGUAUUGUGCCCGAUGUUUCGGACGACAAAUUCAGCUUCAAGAAAUUCUUAAAGUUGCAGAAGAAGAAUUCUUUCUAGUCUUUAGAAAAAACACUUAUUUUAAUUGUUUUAUUUGAAAUAUUUCAAAAUCAUUAAAUUAUUAAAAUCAU